GAUAAUGCGCCACCCGGCCGACUCUCCGGCAUGGAAACAUUUGAAUUCAGUCUUUCCUGGAUUCGCCGAUGAGAUCAGAAAUGUGAGAUUGGGCCUCUCUACAGAUGGUUUUGCCCCAUUUGCACAAUCAGGGCGUCAAUAUUCUUCUUGGCCAGUUAUUGUCACGCCGUAUAACCUGCCUCCGUGGUUGUGCAUGAAAGAACAAUUCAUGUUCCUCACAGUCCUCGUGCCUGGCCCAUCAAACCCAAAGAUGAAGUUGGACGUAUUCUUACAGCCAUUGAUACACGAGUUAAAAUCUCUGUGGGAGGUUGGUGUGAACACUUACGACAUAUCGUUGAAGCAAAAUUUCCAGAUGCGAGCAGCUUUGAUAUGGACUAUCAGUGAUUUUCCAGCGUACGCUAUGUUGUCUGGGUGGGGUACAGCUGGGAAAUUGGCAUGUCCACAUUGCAUGGAGAAUACAGAAGCAUUCACUUUGCCGAUGAGUGGAAAACAAUCGUGGUUUGAUAAUCAUCGGAAGUUCUUACCUCCUAACCAUGUGUUUAGGAGAAACAAAACUUCAUUCUUGAGGAAUAAGACAUGCAAUGUUGGUCCACCAGAACAAAGAUCAGGAAUACAAAUCUUGAAUCAAAUCGAGGGGUUAGGCUUCGUGAAGGUUACCGAAGACUUCGAUGGCAGGAACGCUCAACUCGCCAAAUAUCAAGAUGUAGGGUGGAAAAAGAAAAGCAUAUUUUGGGAUCUACCCUAUUGGAGACAUCUUUUGAUUCGACAUAAUCUGGAUGUCAUGCACAUUGAGAAAAAUGUGUUUGAUAACGUGUUUAAUACUGUCCUGAAUGUGAAGGGGAAGACAAAAGAUACAGAAAAAUCUAGAGAAGAAUUGAACACCUUCUGCAAGCGGAAAGAGUUGAAGAAAGUGGAUGGAACUCGAGGGUAUCCGAAAGCAUGUUAUACGCUUGACAGGGAAGAGAAGAAGAUCUUACUCCAAUGGAUCAAGAGUCUUAAGUUUCCCGUUGGGUACGUGUCAAAUAUUAGUAGAUGCGUUGACAUGAACGCCCUGAAGAUGCACAACAUGAAAAGUCACGACUGUCACGUGUUCAUGCAAAUCCUUCUGCCUGUUGCAUUUAAAGAACUUCUUCCUAAGAAUGUUUGGGAGGCAAUUACAGAGUUAAGUUUCUUCUUCAGAGAAUUAACAUCCCGCAACGUGGCCAUAUAUGACAUGAGAAUACUGAGUGAGAAGAUAGCUGUUACUCUUUGCAAACUUGAGCGUAUCUUCCCGCCUAGUUUAUUUGAUUCAAUGGAGCACCUACCAGUUCAUUUGGCAGAUGAGGCACGAUUGGCUGGUCCAGUGCAAUAUCGGUGGAUGUAUCCUUUUGAAAGAUAUUUGAGGACAUUAAAAAAUCAUAUAAAAAACAAAGCCAAGGUUGAGGCGUCCAUCGCCAAUGCAUACUUACUUGCAGAAAUGUCAACCUUCUCUUCGUUUUACUUUGAAGAUCAAAUAUCUACAAAGUGGACAACUUUGCCUCGCAAUAUUGAGAUGCCCGUUGCUGAAAAUGAUGAUCCUCUUUGUCUCGCCAUAUUCAAACCUAUUGGGCGUUCACUUGGCCGAGGGACGAAGAGAUACAUGGAUGAGCGCGAAUGGCUUGCUGCACACAUGUAUAUUUUGAGCAAUUGUGCAGAGGUUGCAGAGACAUAUAGCAAGAUCUUCAAGGAGGAAAAACGAUAUGCAAAUCCUUACAUGACUGAUGCAGAGUUUGAAGUCGCGUUUCACAACGAGUUUAUUGUGUGGUUUAACCAUUACGUAAGAGACGAUAAAUUUAUGUUAAAUAUACAUUUACUUACUCUAAAAUUGGCUAGCAAACUUAAAUGAUAUUUGUGUGAAACAGGUUUGUCGUCCUUGUAACGACGAGUUGAACCCUUAUAUUAGGUCGCUUGCAGCUGGACCAUUAAGGGAGAUUGAAACAUACUCCGGCUAUUUCGUGAAUGGCUA